CUUAAGAAGAAUCAUUAGAAAUGAAGGUUGUCUACUUCCUUGUUGCCACCUUGGCUUUGGCAUCCUCUCUUGUCUUUGGAUAUGACCCCAGUCCUUUACAAGACUUUUGUGUGGCAAUCAACGAAACCGAUGGUGUGUUUGUGAAUGGAAAAUUCUGCAAAGACCCCAAACUUGUGAAGGCUGAAGAUUUCUUCAAACAUGUGGAUCCCGGAAAUGCAAACAACCCACUGGGCUCACAAGUGACUCCGGUCUUUGUUGAUCAACUACCAGGACUAAACACACUUGGUGUAUCUUUGGCUCGCAUAGAUUUUGCACCUAAGGGUUUAAACCCUCCCCAUAUUCACCCUCGAGGCACUGAGAUCCUUAUAGUCCUUGAAGGCACUCUUUUUGUUGGAUUUGUCGCCUCUAAUCAAAACAAUAAUCGUCUCUUCACCAAAGUUCUUAAUAAGGGUGAUGUUUUUGUGUUCCCAAUUGGUCUCAUUCAUUUCCAGCUCAAUGUGGGAUACGGAAACGCUGUUGCCAUUGCUGCUCUCAGUAGCCAAAAUCCAGGGCUUAUCAUUGUUGCAAAUGCUUUAUUUAAAGCUAAUCCACCUAUUUCUCCAGAGGUUCUUACUAAAGCGUUCCAGGUAGACAAGAACACAAUUGCUUAUCUUCAGAAGCAAUCUUGGUAUGACAACAACUAG